CGCGGCCGCAGAGUAUUACUAAUAUAUCCUAUACUAAGAAGGGUAUUAUUAGUACUAACGAGACGGAUAGGGCCGUAUCGAUAUAGUACCUCGGCUUCUUCUUAUAGCUUAAGGAUAAUUACCUUAGAUAGUAUUAGAAGUUUAUUAAAAAGCUCUCUUAAGUACUCCGGCAUAUUUACUACUAUCUUUGCGAUAGUAAGACUCCCGGCGCCCACGUAUAAGAGUAGGUUACUUACCUCUAGAUAG